GGCAUUCCUUCGCCGUCCUAAGAAACCCAAUUCCGCCAGCCAAGUACCACAGCGGCAGCGCUAAAUUCAGUCAUCCACACAGUUAACAUCACAAACACUGCAACUGUGUGACUGCUGGUUUACAACUACAUAUAAGAAAAGUUUAUCUAAAAAAAGCGAAGGUUGUGGUUCGGCUUGUCACCUGCCUAGUUUGCCUCAAAGCGAAAUAUUUAAUUGUGGGCUCUUAGGUUGACGUUAGCUAGCUAACCGCUUGUUAGCAUGCUGCUGUCUCUACACAUCAGACGACUCCUCUCGGAUUAAUUUUAUCUCGUCAUGACCGAGUUAAGAUGUCGAAAAACAGACACUUCGGAGGGAGCUACAGAAGAGGACGGGGGCCAGACUGAGCCUGAGGUGCAGACCACAGAUGCCAAAGAGCCGGUGAGCACAGAGGAGGAUGAGGGGAGUGUGUCCAUUGGUGGCGAUGGAGGAGACAAACCGCAGAAAGAUGAGGGUGAAGUUAAAGAAAAAGAUGCGCAACAUAAAGAGGAGGAAUCAAAAACACCCAAGUCGGCGGUCAAAAGAUCCAAAAGCUCUUCUGCCUCUGUUUUUUUGCAGCGCCUGGUGAGGGUGUUCUUCGGAUUUCUUGCAGCAGGUGCCUGCGGCAUCCUUUAUGCUGCGUAUCUGUCUGCGUAUCAUGACAGGAAGUUCUGGUUUUCCACUAGACAGGAGCUAGAGCGUGAAAUCACCUUCCAGGGAGGCAGUGGGGUCUACUAUUACUACUACAAGCACAUGCUGACAGUACCCUCCUUUGAAAGAGGGUUUUAUGAGCUGACACUGGAUAACUGGACUGUUUCAGGUCAGACCAUUAAUGCAGUGGAGCGUUUGUCUCUGUAUCCAGAGCUCAUCACAAGCUACAUUUACAGAGUUACAGACAGCCAGGAUUUUGUUGAGCCAAUCUACUUCUACGUUGGAGCUGUUUUCGGGCUCCAGGCGGUCUAUGUCACUGCCCUGUUUGUGUGUAGCUGGGUGAUGAGCGGCACCUGGGUGGCCGGCAUGUUGGCUGUGGCCUGGUACGUGAUUAACAGACCAGAUACAACAAAAGUGGACUUUGCCAUUCCUCUGCGGGACAACUGGGCUCUGCCUUACUUCUCUUGCCAGGUUGCAGCUUUGACUGGAUUCCUGAGUAAUAACAUCAGCUCUGCCACUGAGAUGUUUUGCUAUCUUACCAUGAGUGCCACCACCUUCACCUUCCUCCUAGUCUGGGAACACAGCCACUAUGUGCUCUUCAUCCAAGCCCUCUGUCUUUUCUUUCUUGAUUCUUUUGACCUGGUGCCACCACGUAAGAUGGCUGACAUUCACAAGGUGUACCUCAGCUCUUUGUUCCCAGUCUACUUGUGCCAGUUUCAGAACCCGGCCCUGCUCAGCUCGCCUCUGCUCGGCCUCCUGAUUGGCUCAGUGCUUGCGCGGUACUUCCAGCAAAAGAUGAAGAAGGGACCUCUUGUUGCCAGAGUGAUGAAGCUCUUUCUACAUUUCCACCUAGUCUUUACCACAGCGAUCACCUUCAGUUAUUUAGUCAAGAAACUUAUACCUGUAAGUGAGAAUGACUUCAUUUUGAAAUUCCUUGAAGUAAAAUUUGGGCUGAACACAACAACAGACUUCAUCACCAACUUCCUCCUGUGCCAAGAGAGUUUUCAGACACCCAGUCAGGACUUAUUUCUACGACUGACGCAGACCUCAGUCCUUCCCUUCUACUUACUGGUGCUCACUGUUUGCCUGCUGUCCACCCUGCAGACCAUUUACAGAAGACUCAGUGGCCAGCCAAUGAAAACCAACAUCAGACUUGAAGAUGGACGAAUAGGAGAGCAGCCAGAGGUCAUCUAUCAUGUUUUUCACACGUUGCUUUUUGGAGGCCUGACUCUGCUGUUUGAUGGGAUGAAAUAUUUGUGGACCCCAUACGUCUGCAUGUUUACGGCGUUCGGUGUGUGUUCUCCAGACCUCUGGAUGACUGUGUUUAAGUGGCUCAAACUGAAAUCCAUCCACCCUGUAGUACUGUCUCUGAUCCUGAGCACAGCGGUUCCUACUAUCAUUGGUUUCAGUUUGUGGAGAGAGUACUGCCCUCGUGUCUUAGCAGAGUUGUCAGACGUGCCGGAGUUUUACAAUCCAGAUACGGUAGAGCUGAUCAGCUGGAUCAAGUCACAGGCUCCAGUGGCGGCUGUCUUUGCAGGCAGCCCUCAGCUGUUGGGAACCGUGAAGUUGUGUUCAGGUUCAGCUGUGACCAGUCUACCGCUUUACUCAGACAUCAACCUGCUGAGGAGGACUGAAGAUACUUACCAGGUGUAUGCAAUGAGAUCCGCAGAGGACAUCUACAAGAUUCUGACCUCUCAAAAGACAAACUAUGUGAUCAUCGAGGACUCGAUUUGCAACGAGCUUAGUCUUAAUAAAGGAUGUAGGAUCAAAGACCUUCUCGACAUUUCCAAUGGACAUGUCAUUCAUGACAAAGGAGAGAUUUACUCUUUCUCAAAGCACGGAAGAUUCUGCCAUGAGAUAAAGAUGAACUACUCGCCCUACACAAACUACUUCACUCGAGUUUUCUGGAACCGCUCGUACCACGUGUACAAAGUGAACACUGUUAUCUCCUUUCAGUACUGACAGCAGCAGCUCCCGCCUCCCUGGCAGACUUCACUGAGCCUGGCUCUGCCCUUCUCCACUGUUUCACAUCAGUGUGUGCGCUCAGAAAAAAGGUCUAAUUACUGGUACCUUCCACAUCCUGGUGUAGAUGGUGAACUGGUAUCAACUGAGCACAUGAUUUUGGCCUACACAUUGUUUGAUUAAAUAAAAUGGCCCUGUUGAAGUUGAAAUAUGCCAUAAUAACCACUGUAUGUUGUUUUAUAAGCCAUGCGUUACUGUAAUGUAUUUAAUGAAGGGAGAGUUUGAAAUGUGUGGUCAGUGUGUUUACUUUGUACAGAAGCCAAGAGCAGCUGUGGUUGCUGAGAUGUAUUUAGGCUCUGCAAAAGGAAAGUAGUUAAAAAAAAAAAAAAAAGGUGAGGAGAAAUCUGCUGUUAAAUAAAACACCCACCUCAGUUAAGAGUAAUUAAUAUAGUUUCUGGUGUAUAUCAUCAGCUAGUAAAUAUAUUUGAAGCUCAGUAGCACACUUGAGACAUUGGAAGAUCAAUGACAAGUAAUAAUCAGAUGUGAAAAAAAAAAUGUUUGUGCAGAGACUGUUGGGUUUUAAUGUGUCGUAUGUGCUCUGCUUGUCCCAUUUCAAACUUGGUUUUGUUAUGGAGCCACUCUGUUUUAUAUCCAAAUAUUGAUUGAACAACCCAGGACGAUAGAAACAACAUCCAUGAUCUUUCUUUUAGCCUUAAAGGGUAGUGGAGGCUGGUUCUGAUGUUCCUCAUUUCUAUGGCUUUGUUUUCAUCAUUCUCUUCAUCUGGAUGCCUUAUUGUGAGA